UUGUGUCAUUUUUAUGUUCUCCAUCACAGACACACACACACACUCGCUCCAGUGAUGGCAUUGUCGUUUCUCCGGUGGAUCUUUGGGCUCCUGAUGCUCCUGGUCGUUUCUCACAGUGUGUGUGUGAUAUUUUAUUACACAGCUGACACACACUCAUCCAGAGAGGCGAUGCCGGACACGCUUCAGCAGCUGCGCUGCGCUAAACUCAGACGCAAAUUCUCCGUCAUCACGUCCGUCAAAAGACUAAACAUGGAGAGUUUCACCGAGGAACUCGAUGAUUUCUUAAAGUGUCCGCAGAAACCGAACACGACCGAGCAGGAGCUAAACAGAAUGAAGCUGCAGUUAUGCUGUAACGCCACAGGAUCAAUAUUCCUCACCAAACGCAACACAGCCGUCAAUCAGACCAUCCCGUAUGAGACGAGCACUAAAAGCACAUACACAAUGAAUGCAGCCAUUCACAACAUGCUGCCUGAGGAUUUCCCCUGGAGCGGUCGUCGUCUGGGUCGGUGUGCUGUGGUUGGCAGUGGUGGGAUUCUGAAGAACAGCAGCUGUGGACGUGAGAUCGACAGCGCAGACUUCGUCAUACGGUUUAAUUUGGCGUCGAUUAAUGACAGUGAUGUUGGGCUGAAGACGGAUCUGGUGACCAUCAACCCCAGUCAGAUUCAGAGAGAAUACAAAAAUAUGGUGCAGGAUCCGGAUCCGUUGGUGGAGCGGGUCAGUGUGUACGGAAACGCCUCCCUCGCUAUGGCCGCCUUUGCCUACACCUUCUGCACUGGAAAGUCAAUGACAACUCUCAAAGCCCUCCAUCCAGUCAGACCUCAGCAGCCGGUGGUGUUCUUCAGCCCCCUUUACCUACGAACACUGGACCGUUUCUGGAAGGGGCGUGGCCUGAAGUCGAUCCGCCUCUCAUCUGGGUUUAUGUUAAUUAACACGGCGCUGGAACUGUGUGAGCAUGUGCAUGUUUACGGAUUCUGGCCCUUUGGAACGGACCUGAAGGACAAUCCGGUACCGUAUCAUUACUACGACGCGUUGAGUCCGCACCGUUACAUGCACAAAAUGCCGGAGGAGUUUGUGCGGCUUCUGCAGCUACACAGCCAGGGGGCGCUGACACUGCACCUGCGGCCCUGCGUGGACUUGUAAUCUUAUUUUAAAUGUCUAUGACUGUGAUUUAUUUAUAUGAGAGGACAAAUCAGUGGCGAGAGGUGACUUUUUUUUAACCGGGUAUGCUGAAUGCUAACAAACCCCCCCCAUCGGCUUUUAGGACACUCUCAAAAGCCAAGUAAAAACCGCCAAAUAACGUUUACACGUAGUUACUUUAUGAUACGUAGCCUAAUAUUCAGAGGGUGGAGAGAAGGUGGAUUCCCUCGCUCUAUAUGUCUCUGCAUCGACUGAAUGAUUUUUAAUUUAAUUUUAUUGUUUUAUUCCCAGUGAAUGGGAAUUAAAACUCCCACCCGGGUGACACUACUUCGAUAAUAGACCAAGCACAAUACCAGUCUUUAAAAUAUUGCCAAGUAACAUUGCAAACAACAAUAAAAUCAGAGAAGGACUUUAACCGAAAA